UGUGCAGAAAAUGACAACCAGUGCAGCGUAGGUUUGAGAGACUGACUUGCCACUGCCGACUCAGGGCUGAGAGCGGUUAUCAUUCAAAACUAAAUCUCUUCACAUUGCCUUUCCGGCUUUCUUGUUCGAAGUACAGAACGAUUUUUUUUGCAGCAUCGCUUAUCUUUGUUUUAGUGGCGCGCCAAGAAUUCGAGGGGAAACUCUCUGGGAUUUUAACUUGUAGAAAAACGCCGAGGGGCUGUGAACACACUUCCUGUGUUUGACAGAAGGAUGGGGGGAAGCCUUCAAACUUAAGUCCACCGUCUUCCGUCUUUCAUUUACUGCUAUUUAUUUUAGGGGGACAAAUAUUUUUCUGCCCCAUUGUGACAGUUUCUGCCAGGUACCGACGAGAAUCCAGAGAUAGAGAGAUUGGACCAUUUUGUCGAAGAUGUGUGACAUGAUUUCAGAGCAGUCGACUGAGAAAAUCGGCAGAAUGAAGAAGUUGAGAAGAACUUUAUCUGAGAGUUUCAGUCGUUUGGCCUUGAAGAAGGAUGACAAUAACUUCGAUGAGAUAUGCGUCGCAAAGAUGUCCACACAAAAUUCCCAGGCUGUCGAUUCAGUUAUCAAACCGCUGGAUACCAUUCCUGAGGAUAGAAAAGUCAGGGUGCAAAGGACACAAAGCAGUUUUGAUCCAUUUGACAAACCAACCAGCCAAGUGAAGAGGGUUCAUUCCGAGAACAAUGCAUGUAUUAACUUCAAGAGCUCAUCUGCUGGUAAAGAGUCUCCAAAAUUGAGACGACACUCCAGCCCCAGUUCACCAACAAGCCCUAAAUUCGGAAAAGCUGACUCCUAUGAAAAAUUAGAAAAACUAGGCGAAGGGUCCUAUGCCACAGUGUACAAGGGAAAAAGCAAGGUUCAUGGGAAGCUGGUGGCUUUAAAGGUAAUCAGACUACAAGAGGAAGAAGGAACUCCAUUCACAGCAAUCAGAGAAGCUUCCUUGUUGAAAGGGCUGAAACAUGCUAACAUAGUUCUGCUCCAUGACAUCAUUCAUACUAAGGAAACUCUGACUCUUGUAUUUGAAUAUGUGCAUACAGAUUUAUGUCAGUAUAUGGAUAAACACCCAGGGGGACUUCUUCCAGAUAAUGUGAAGCUGUUUUUGUUUCAGUUGCUGCGGGGCCUCUCCUAUAUUCAUCAGCGAUACAUCUUGCACAGAGACCUGAAGCCUCAGAACUUACUUAUCAGUGAUACUGGGGAACUGAAACUGGCAGACUUUGGACUUGCCCGAGCCAAAUCAGUACCCAGCCACACGUAUUCCAAUGAGGUGGUUACCCUAUGGUACAGGCCUCCAGAUGUCCUCCUGGGCUCCACAGAGUACUCCACCUGCCUUGAUAUGUGGGGUGUGGGGUGCAUUUUUGUUGAAAUGAUUCAAGGAGUUGCUGCUUUUCCAGGAAUGAAGGAUGUUCAGGAUCAACUAGAGCGAAUCUUUUUGGUUUUGGGCACUCCAACAGAGGAAACCUGGCCUGGCGUUCACUCUUUACCACAUUUGAAAACAGAUCGUUUCACACAGUACAGUUCUAAAAAACUUCGACACGCAUGGAAUAAACUAGAUUAUGUGGCCCAUGCUGAAGAUCUUGCCUCUAAGCUUCUACAGUGCUUUCCAAAGAACAGACUGUCAGCUCCCGCUGCACUGAACCAUGAGUACUUCAGUGAUCUUCCUCCACGGCUGUGGGAGCUCUCAGACAUGUCUUCUGUUUUCACCGUGUCCACUGUGAAGCUGCAGGCUGAAAUAGGUGACAGUUCAAAGGUUUAUGGGAGAAGCAACAGCCAUGGCAAAAGUUUUCUGAACCACAAACACUGAGGAAUUCUUGUUCCUGCUACCAGUACAAAGGUUAACUCCAUCGCCAGUUCCAAAGAGCAGCUAAAGAAGCAGAAAAGCAAAGGAAUUCAAGAACCUAUUCUCUUGUUACAGUCAUGUUAGCGAUUGGCUGCUGUCUUUACUACUAUUCUUGCCAUUUAGCAUUGUGUGGGUUUAUUUGUGCUUGUGCUCUGAAUUUGACAUAUUGAAUGCUAAACCAUGGCAUGCAGGAACCACCUUGUUUUUUUUAAGUUUGUUUAGAGAUCCACUUUGCUGAUAAAUGAUCUGUGCUGCUUUACAGGCUCUUGUCUGUCAGUCUUUUGAUUUUCUGUAGUAGGGUAGCAUUUUUGUAAAGCUGAUUCAGAUUUCACUGGCAACAUUGAAAUUCUGAAGAUAUUUUUGAAACUAUCAUGGGCAUGCCAGGAAAUCCUCUGAUGCCAGGAUUACAAAGCAAUCAACAGUGGCAUGAAAGACAUUGCAUAUGUUUUACAAAAAUCAGCAUACCUUUGUAUACAAUUGAAAUGAAAUAGCUAGUGAACCACUGUGAACAUUUCUGACAGUGCUCCAGCUGGGAUCUUGCAAGGAACAUAGAUAAAUCCACAGCUGAUGGGGUGAGCCGCAGUGUUUAAAAUGGUUUGUACUAUCAGGAGGAUCGCCUGCUUAGUUUUUUGGAAGAAUACAAAAAACAUGUAUAUAAUGGAAUCUCUUUAGUUCCUAUGAAAUCUGGGGUUAGAUUUAUAUCCAAUUCUUUAUCUGUUCAGACCCUGGAAAAGCAUUAUUGCUGCAUGUCUGUUCAUGCUAAAGACACUAUAAUAGGGGGGACUCAUUCAAAAAGUAGUUAAAACCUGUGGGGUUGCACACUGUACUGAGCGGGAGUCACUGGAUUCUUCAAAUACUGUUGUCCUUUUAACCUUAUGGCCUCAAACCAUUCAUUAUGUCCAGUACUAGCAAGAGCACUGACCUAAUUCUAACAUUAAGACAAAUGUGUUUGAAAAAAGAUUUUGUGCUUGGUUUUAACCCAAGACUAAAUGCAGCAGCAAAAUUUCUGCUCCUUUCUGUUUAUAGUGAAAUUGUAAACAUGUCUUUUGCACAUGCAAAGUGCUUCACCUAAAACAAGUUAUUUUCGGUUAUACGCAGCAAUCAUGUAUUUAACAAAUGUCUUUAAUGGUGUCCUAAUUUUUGUUCACUAUUUCUUGCUGUUGCCUUCUUGUUUUAUCAUUCUUUUAUCAUUCAUAGGCUAUUGGUUACUACUUCCUUUCCAUAAAAUCAUAGUUUCUUUCAAAUGAUUUUGUGGGAUUAUAUUCAGUAGUUAAGGUAAAUAUAUGUAAUUUUGCAACAAUAUCAGUUACAUUUUUUUCAAUAUUUACCAUCUGACAAAAUCCUAUUUUAUUCUAUUGUGUCCAAACCCAAAAAGGAACAAACCCUAACAUUCUGAAGACACACUCAUUGCAACAACAAAAUGGAAGCAUGUAGCAUAAGCAUCAUAUAGAUUGUACAUUAAACAUAUACAUGUCUUUACUGGUUCAUUGCUUAUCAGAAGGAAGGGGAAAAAAAAGAGAUGGGCUGUGAACUGUUCCAAAUUAUUCUAUUAAAAAUGCUUUUGAUCAUUUCAUCCAGAAAGUGUCCAGUAGUAAAUGAGACAGGAGUUAAAGAUUGAGAAUGAAGAGACAGCAUGAUUUAAUAUUGUCAUUUUUCAUUAAAAUUAAACAAAAAAUAUUAUAGAACAUUCCAAUUUUUCCAAUUAAUGUCUAGUUCCACAUCAAAGAAGUCGACUUUAUAGUUUCUAAUUCCUUCAUACUGUAUUCCAAUUAACCUUCCUGCCUUCCAUGAGAUGUUCAAAAUAUUCACAGUCCCUCUAAUUUGUGUAGUCCAUGGUUUUUUUGGAAACUCUCAAACAUAAGUAGAAUAUAGAUUUAUGUUCAAUAUUAUGAAGGUAGCUUUCAAAAUUGUAAAUGUCAUUGAGGACUCUUAUUUAAAUUAAAGAACAAUUGUUCUGGCAAUUUGUUUUAUAUAUUUGGGAGAAAUUAAAGAUACAAAAUCUCAAAAAUUUAGAUUUAAGUUAUUGAAGCCUGUCUGACUUAUUGACACAAAAAAAUUAUUGUGGAAGUUAAAAUAAAAAAUUGCAGUUUUUAAACACUCUGUAACCUCAUGACGUCAAUUUGUAUAAUUAUGCUUCACCUCCCAAACAUUACUCUUUUUCAAAAAUUUCAUGUGUAAAACUUUCACUCUGACUGUCUCUUUGAUUCCAACUUUAUUUUGGUUGCAUCAAUUUUAAAGACACAGUUAUUUGAAUAAGCAAAUCUGAGAAGCGUGUUUUAUUGAUGCGACCAUACCAUCACUCUCAUAUAAAGGUCUUUUGCUUUUAAAAUAAAUGUUAAAAAGCAAAUUAAGGAGGAUAGUUUAAGAAAAAAUCUUUUUGAAGUUUUUUUUAUCAAACCUAUUAAUAUGGUUAUGUUUCUUCAAGGUCAUUAGCAAUGAUGAAGUGCCCGUUUACAGUACUUGUGUGUAACAUGACCCCCUGCAAUGUGUACGAGAUAUCAUGUUCAUAGCAAAUUGAGUCAUGAAAGUAAAAAAAAUAUUAAACCUAACUGAAAAAAAUGCAAAUUGACCUAUACUAUAGCAUAGUUACUUGAUAAGUGUGGUUGUGAUAUUUGAUUAUAAUGUACUCUUUUUAUUUAUCAAUCUGAUUUUUCUAUAAAAUAGGUUGCACUGUGUUAUGCUGACUUUACAAUCACUGAAAUAUACAGUUUAGAAUUUUAAAGGAAUUUAAUGGUGCACUGAGUACUUCAAUUAUGUCAGUACUUGCACAAAAGAAAGCAAACUCUAGGAGUUAGAAACUUUGGAAAUAUACUAUGAAGUGAACACAUUUAUUAUCUCUUUGUAAAUAUUCAUCUUUUAUGUGCUUUCACGGUGAUACUAUGUUGGGCGUACAAUAUUUUAUUUUUGAGUUUUUGUGUGACAAAUCAGCAGAUGUUAAUGAGCUUUAUUUGAAUAUUUUAAACAGAUAAAUAAUUCUUGGUUGACUAAACUUUGGUACAUAGCAAGAAUGCAGAGAAAUAUAAGCAAUCACUGUGCAACUUGUCUGAUCAUCAAUCAGUUCACUUCAUGUCUGCAUAAUGAAUUGUGCAGUAUCACAGAUUAUCCUUCUAAAAUGUCCUGUGAAUAUUUAUUUUUUGUAACUUUUUUUAAGGAAAUAUAUAAUGUAUCUUCCUGCCAAGUCUUUACAAAAGAGGAAUUAAAAUAGAUCAGCUGUUCCUCUCUUAAAUCAAAUGAUAGUUCAGUGAUUGCAAUAACCGAGGUACCUUGCAUACUGGGUUUUGAAUGUCUCCCUGCAGACAUUUACAUGAAGAUCGUUGUAUGUUUAUGCUGUACUGCCUUGUAAAUUCCUUGAGCACUGAGGUGAAGGCAAGUAUCCCAAAUAUGCAUCUGUAAUGUGUUGUUCAAAGAAACUGCACAAGUAUGCUUCAAUUAUAUUGUUUUUUUUUGUACGAUGCAUCUCUUCAAAUUCAUCUCCUUGACACGCUGUAGUUUGGUACAGAAACAAAAAUAUACAUGAAAUACAAACAAAUUACCAACAUUAAAAAGCCUAGAAUGUAGUAACAGUAUAAAUGUUGCAUUGUUUGUUACAAAUUAUAUGUAAUGAACUGUUACAGAUGUAUUAAUGGUAUGUCCUUCUGUAACUGUUGGUUUCUUGUUACAUGAAAAUAAAAUAUAAUACAUCUGUA